ACUUGUUCACUCCAUAAAAGUUAGUUACACAAUAUAGAUCACACUAUUAGAACACACUUCGUUUUGUGGUUUCAACUCAACACUCUGAACAACCAAUAGGAAAAUGUGGAAGGUUCAGGCUUUGGUGGUGCAUCUUCUGCUGCUGGGCUCGAUACUGACCAUCUACUUCCAGACCACAGUUCUGUCGGGCCUAAAUCCUAUGCCGGAUAUGCGGGAUUUGGGCCUGGAACCGCCUGCGGAUCGGUUGGUGGUCUUCGUUUCCGAUGGCCUGCGUGCAGGGUCCAUUUUGGAGAACAACUGCAGCAAUGUGCCCGACUUGCGGAGCUUUUUCGAAGAUCGCGGUCUUGUGGGCAUUUCCAAAGCCUCAUCGCCAACAGUGACUCGGCCGGGUCACAUCGCAAUCUUCGCCGGCUUCAACGAGGAUCCGGCUGCGGCCCUUACCAACUUUGGCUGGAAUCCGAGCAACUACGAUACCGUCUUCAAUCGAAGCCGCAAUGCUAUCGGUUGGAUGGACAAACUCGUGGCCGACAUAUUCACCCAGCUGCCCAAUGGCGGACAACAGCUCCAUUUCAAUACAUUCAAAAAAACUGAUAUAUCGGGAACGCUCAGGAACGAUGAAAAGGUCUAUCGAGAAGUAAAGGAGUUUCUCACCAAUGAGGACAACGUCCAGCCACUGCGUAAGGCCACUGCGGUGGUGUUUUUCAUAUACCUGGUAGACAUGGACUUUGCCGGACAUGCCUUCAUGCCGACCUCGCGUCGGUUUAGGGAAAUGCUGAAUACCACUCAGUGGAUAAUCCGAGAGACCCACGACCUCUUCGAAAGUGUCUUCAACGACAGUGGCACAGCGUAUAUUCUUACUUCCGAUCACGGAAUGAGCAACAGUGGCUUGCAUGGCGGCGGUGGUAAAAAUGAGGUGGAAACUCCCUUAAUCCUUUGGGGAUCUGGGGUUAAUCAUCUGGCACCCAGUGGUGGCAAAAACUUCACCGCCAACGAGGAUGGACUAAUUCUACCGCUCCACUUCAUCGAUCAGAUCCAACUGGCUCCUCUGAUGUCCGCCCUAAUCGGCUUGCCGCCGCCCAUGAACAACAUGGCCCUGCUGCCCAAGGAGUUCUUGAACGCCAGUGCCGAGUACAAGUUCCAUGCCCUCCACCUUAAUGUCCUGCAAUUGCUGAAGCAGGCCCAGAUACUAAUACACCGUCACGAGAACAGUAUUUUCUGUGAUUAUCUUCCCAAAUUCGAUGAUCUGACCUCCGAAAAGAUAGAUGCCUACAUAAAGGUGGUUAAAUUACUCCUGGCCGAAGAAAACAUCUUAAAGGCCACAACCUUGAGUCAGGACACAGGAAAGCUGGCACAGCAGUGCCUGGAUUACUAUCACAGCUAUUAUCAUAUUCCCUUGCUGGUGAGCACCACGUUAUCCUACGUGGCGUGGUUCUUCUGUCUGCUGAUGCAGCUUACUCGGGAAUCUAGUCACCCAAGGUCGCCCCGUAAAGGAUAUCUUACGUACCCCACUCUUAUUAUAAGCUUGGCAGGAUUAAUGGUAGUGCCAGUGAUUGUAUUGCAAAAUGUUCCCUAUCUUACGGCCUUCUAUUUGGUGCUGCCCUUGGGCCUCCUGGUCGUGGCCUUGGCGGAACGUCCUUUGGAGGGGCAGUCGAUUGCCUUGCCAGUUCUUCAUUUAAUUGGAAUAGUUGUGCCUGCCGGCUUGCUUAUCCUGAUGGCCUUUGAAAACACCCAUAUUGGAAUUCUUUAUGGGCUGCUCACGAUCUUUGGAAACACCAAGGCCUUCUGUCAUCAAUCUUGGAAGACCGUUUCCUGGUUUCUUCUUGUGAUCCUGCUUACCGUGAUCCUUAUGGCGAAGCAAAAUUCCUGGUUGGAUUGGUUAAUUCAUCCCAUUCACGAUUUGGUGAGAAACUCUCAUGUGUUGUUCGUCAGCAUGGUGCUCUCCUUGCUUCGCCCAGUUGUCAUGUCACAUCAGCUGAGUAUUAGGGUGUGGACCGUCAAUCUGGCAGCCCUUCUAUUCGCCGGCUAUGGAGUCUAUCAGUGGGACGCGGAAAAGGACGUUUGCUUUUACGUUUAUGCCGUCUGCUGGACGUACCUCGCCUACUCUUUCCUGUCGAUUCCAUAUAGCGGCGUGAAGCAUCCGAAGCGGCGGGUGGAGCUGAUCAUAUUCAACAUGCUUACGUUGCACAUAAUGCUGACCACGUCCAUAGAGUCAAUCGUUGCCCAAAUCAUGAUCACAGAGUUCUCCUUGAACAUGGAUCUGCUCCAAGAAAGGAAGCUGCAAAAGGAAAUAAAAGUUCGGGAAGAUGAAGUAGAAGAAAUCGAACAUAUUGGUGAUAAUCAGGAAGUCUCUGAAGAGCUGGAACUGGACCGAGUCAUACCCUCCAAGUCUCCACUAAAGCACCUGAAGGAAUCUUACCGCUAUGCCAUUAUCUUCCUUGUAUACUUCUAUGUGUCCUUCUUUGGUACCGGACAUUGGUUCUUCAAUUUCACAUUCAAAGCCACUGUUUCGCGACUCUUCCUCUCCAGCUUUUCCCUUCACCUGUCUGUCGCACUGAUCCUGCUGAAGAUUUUCAUUCCCUCCAUCAUUAUAAUGUCCUCCGUUUAUGCGCUGGUUUCCUUUGGCCGCAAGAAUGCCCGUUCCAUCAUGAUCUGUGUCUUCCUGGUGAACGACGCCAUGAGCCUGUACUUCUGCUUCUACGUGGAAAAUCGCGGCUCCUGGGAGGCGGUGCGCCAGUCCCUUGACCACCUAUUAGUGACACAUGUCUUCAUUAUUCUAUUGCUGGUCUGUUCCUGGAUAGCCAAGGCAUUGGUCAGCAAUACUUCGGAGGAUAAGCCAGCUAUCGUAGUCCAACCAGCCUCCGCUGUUGACAAUCCAUCAACUCUUGUGGGAGAUAGUCAGGCAUAGAAUACUUUGCACAAUAUGUCAAUGUUAAUUAGAAUUAAGUUCGUGUUUCAAAAUUUAAUAUGUAAUUCGGUAGUCAACGUAGAAAUAAUUACGAUUUCUGUAGGUAUGAUUUAAGUGCCAUGAAAACUUUACAAUUAAAUUCUGUAUAUACUUUGUCUACCAAAUUAUA